AUGCCGGAUAAUGAGUGCUGGGGUCUAGCGAGAAAACCUGCAUCAGAAAAGUACCGAUCAAAUCCCACGCCGUUUAUUCCUGGAUUAUCAAGAAGAAUUGACUUCCUGUUACCAAACCGUGAGGAUAUUGUGAAAGAACACGCUAAAUUAGUCCAAGAUAUAAAUGGUCUUCGGCAAGUAAUGUUUGUUGCUCCGCUGGCUGACGAGCCAAAAGACUACGAGGACUCCAUAUUCCAUGAAAUCAUUGAGACAUCUACUACUACAAGCAGACCGUCGACUACAAAACCCUCUAGACCAACGAAGGGUAUUCCAAUUGUGUUAUUGGGUGGUGCAACUCGUAAACAUACACUUAAAAGUCAGCCUCUAAAGAACCAUAGGCAGACCUUAAGUUUGGUAGGAACUUCUGUGACACCAUUAGUGAGACAUCCUUAUCCAUUUAUCACGGCAGCGUCUUCUCGGCAACCAGUAAGAAUUUGUAUGUCAUCACCCUACUCGUACACCUCGACAACACAUCGUCCGAGUCUUUGGGACCGUCUUUUGAAAUCAAUAAUACCUAGAUAGAGAAUGUAAGAUAAAUGCAACGUAAUCGAGUGCU